AUUGUUGAAGGAACUGCUGUCUGCAAUGUCAAAUAACAUGAUUCCUAUUCACGUAAAAGCAGAAAAACAAGUCUUGUUUCUUUCAAGCUUUUGAGGGUAGGUGGAUCUACUCUAUGGCUGUGUUCUCAUUCUUUUAAUUAUCAUAUAUGUGAGGUUUUUUCAUCCUUUAUUCAACUGAUUCACUGAAAAGCUUUGAACGUCUUACAGACAGACACAUGACAACAGGUGGCUGUCAUCAAAAGCAGCUUUUGAUAUGCUAACAACUUGGAAUUAGCUGCAAAAAUAAUAUCACCCAAAAAUAAGCUCCUUGAGAUGAUUCAGGUGUCUCAGAUGACUUUAAUUAGAAGUCAUAGUAGGACCUUAAACUCCUUAUCUGUGACUUCAGACAUCUCACAUAUCCAUGCAGAUUGUUGCAUGUUGCCAUAAAUCUUGUGGCUUUAUCACUGUGGGUCUGAUUAGAAGCUGUCAACGCCUGUACAGCGCCCUCUAACAUGUUUUAAUUUUGAUUUAUUAUCAGAGACACCCAUAUUCCUUGAGGCGUUAUGAUGAUAUUUCACAUAUGUUCUUGUAGUUCUUCGUGUGGAUGCUGUCAUGUACAAUUUGUGCGAAUGAGUUUUAUGUUUUUUUAGGAUAACAAGCAGAUGCAACUGGAAAUCAUGUUUUAUAGGUAGAUAUGUACCAGCCUUUAAUCUGCCCGAUUAUAAAUGACAGGUAGUUUCAUUUGCAUGUCCAGAAAGCUCAAUUUUUUACCUUGAAAACAUGGGUGAGGUUAGAAGUCUGUGAUAUAUGUGUACCAUAGUUAACUUGGAAAAAGUUUCAAAAAAGUAUUCCAAUACAAAGAGGAUUCUUAUUUCCUUAUGUGCAACCUUCUAAAAGCUAUGCUGAAGAUAUAUACUAUGUAACUUUUGAUAGCGAUGCCUAGAUAUUUCAUGCAAAAGUGGAGAAGUAUGUAUAAUCAGUUAUAAGUCAUAAAGUGAGCUAAUCUCCAGGUGAGGUGAAAUGGAUACCAUACCACAGUUCAACAUCGAUACCCCACACAGACUCGCUAUACUGACACCGAGCCGACCAUUCCUUGUUUUAUCCCUGUUAUUCAAAGCGUCAGGCUGGCUAACAACCAGUACCAUAUUCACUGUUAUAAGUGCCCUGAAUACUUAGAAAAUUGACAAGGGUUUUUUCUUAUGAAAACCAUGCAUGACAGUGUUACAGAUCAAGAGGGAGAAAACAAACUUUGGGGAAGUAAACAUUUUGCAAUCAUAGUGAUUGUGUAUCAUAGUGGUAAUAUUUGUAAAAUUCUACCAUAUUUAUAUAGUGCACACCCAAGUAUUAUGUGCACCCCUCUCUUGCGGAUUCAGUAUUUUGGAGAAAUCUUUUUGUUCAAAUAUUAUCCGCAGAAAAAAAUUACACUGUACCUCUUCAACCCUGUACUCAGAAACCACUGGAAUAAUGAAGCUGAAACUUGUCCCCACCAAUGAUAAUGCCUGAAAUUGAUCCAGAGGUUCAAAUCCAAUUUCAGACUGGUCAGCGCAACCGCCAUGUUGGAAAUCUAGUUUUGGCCAUUACACAGCAGCCAUUUUCUCGAUGUAAUGAAACUUGGUAUAUGUGUCGCCAGUUCUGGGAUCCAACACAUAUAUUUUGGGUUUUAUUUUUUGCAAUAUUUUAAAUUUUGACCUUGAUUUAACCUGUGCACACAGCCAAGCUGAAACUUCAUAUUUCUCAGCCAUAAUGAAACUUGGUCUUUGUGUGGCCUCAUCGCAUAUGUUACAGUUUUCGCAAUUUGUUAAGUUUGGACCUUUAUUUUUCAUAUAUGUUUUCCUCAAACAGCAUUUCUUUGUACUAUACACUAAAUCUCCUCAGAAACCACUUGAUCAAUGAACUGAAACUUCACAUACUUGUUCCUACCUACCAAUGAUGAUAAUUUCUUUCAAGGGGUUGGAUCCGAUUUUCAGUGUGGCCACCAUAACAGCUGCAUUGAAAAGCUACAUAAUGGCCACUUCUUCAGCUCAAUAUGCUCUUAAAUUCACUCAAAAUGCAGUUUUGGCUCUGUAGACACCUCAGAUAUUCACAGUCUGAGAAAGCUGACUUUGGUCAUUUAUGCUUCUCAUAUUUAGUUCAAAUCAUUGUGGAUUUUGUUGAAACAUGAAAACAUACAACUUUAUGGACAACGACUUCUGCUGUUUUUCAUUUAGCGAUGUUUUGAUGUAGAAUCUUACACCAUCAUCAAUUUGGUGAAACAGUAUGGCAUUAUUCUAAAACGCUGUAAUCAAUAUUUCGGAAAAGGCAAUAAUGUUGACAUGUCUUGCCUCUGCUUGUGUCUGACUACCGAUGAUUCAGUUAUUACUUCGAUGAAAUAAAUCUGCAACCAUUAUUUUGCCAUGGAUAAAACUCUGACUUCUUGUUGAUUUGUGUCAAAAACAGAAAUAUGUUCCUGGUUUUUGUAUUUGGUAUCACAGGGUAGGUUGGUCGAUAUAAAAAAACAAAAAACAAUGAGUCGUCAUCGCGUAAUGGGACACCCCCUGAACAAAAGAUUGACAACUUUCCAAUGACAGCAUCCAUGACUAAGUUUAUGUCACAUUAGGGUAAUUAAGGUGUUCAUUCUGUGACAACAAAGGAUCGUUUCAACUUGGUACCAAUGACAUUAAUCUAGCCAGUAUUGCUGUACAUAAUAGGGAGUUGGUUGGAUAUGCCAAUCGGAUCCCACAUGAUUUUAUCGAGAUGAAAACCACAACAGUGAAUUAAAUGUUGAAUAAUACAACGGCGGCAAUGAUAAACAAAAUAAAUACAAAUACAAUGACAAACUGUGAAAUGUUAUACCUCAAAAAGGAUUUAUUGACAUGCUAUAUCUGUUGUUAAUGUGUCUGCGGCAAAUUUCCGCUUUGGAAAGGAAGUAAAAUCUCAAUGUCUGCCUUUAUUAUAUGCAACUCUUCUACACAGCGAUAUUCUGUAAAAAGAAAUGUGUAUUAAUCACAUGCCAGAAAAAAAGAACCGUUAAGUAAGCUUUCAGACUUAGUACCGGGUGCUUAUAAAGAUGAUAACUUGUUCAAGGACGCUUAUUGGAGCAGGGCACUUAAUAUGGCGACUAAGGUAUCAUCUGUUUCACAUCUUUUGUAAUGCACAGCUUCAGGAUCAAACCAUCUAUUUCCACUCUCUGAGCAUACGCUCUAUCCACUACACCACUAAGAUGUCAAAACUAUCAGGACAUUACAAUUACUUGGUUAAUUUUGUCCGAUCACAAAGCCCUCAAUGGAACAGUUCUGAAAGGUCAGAGUCGCUUAAUUUGCUAAAUGAAGUAGUGUCUGUCAAAAUUAUUCACAAAGAUCUAGUGAUCUCACAGUGCCCUUGAGGUCGCCUGAAGAUUUACAUUGCAUGAUUCUGAUUGGCCGCUUGACCUGUCCACCCUAGUGUUGUACAGACUGAUAUAUCCUGUUGACUUUCGAGUAUUAUCGUCAUAGAUUUGUAAAUAGGUAACCCUUUCAAAUUGAUUAGCUCUUUUCGAAGUGUUAAAGAAAAUCUGAGUGAACUUAGAGAUAAGUAUGAAUGUGUUGAGAUAAUUAAUUGAAAUAGUGAUUGGAGGUAUCUAACAACGUAAGAGACGCCCAUCAUUGCCACUUCGGCGGAAUCAGUGCGAUAUUUUGAACCGCAGUCUGCGUAUGUCAUUAAAUAAUGUAUGUUAUGAAUUUCUAAAAAAACAUCACCAGUAAGUUAGACAGGUUAAUGACUUUGGGCAUAGUCACAUGCCAGAUUAACUGUACAUGUGAAUGAAAGAAGUGUCUGUCUUUGUUGACAUGUUAAAUUGUUGACCACAUGUUCAGGUGAGCUACAGUGCAAUGUCACUAUAUAUAUUUAUAUCUUUCAUUAUUGAAUUGCAACUAGGUUCUAUUUGAUGUACAUGUAGUUUUACAUUAAAUUUCUUUCAGUUUAGGAUUUCCAUUGAGACUAACCAUACACAAAACUUGUACAGAUCAUCAAAAAGAUGUUCCUUAGAUAUUUACCUGGACCUAUCUUUGUUCGAGUCCAGAAGGCUCCAUGUACUAAAUUUGGGUGUCCAAGGCAUGACAAUGGAGUCGCAGUCUGUUGACAUGUGGUACAGCUUUACUGAUAUCAUGUCAUCGUUCAUGCUCAGUAUCCUUUGGUCUGUUCUAUAUGUGGAGGUUUCAGUGUUAGACUGAAGAAACUCACAGUUCACAGAGAGGGGUUAUAGCAAGGGUUGUGUGCAGCAGUUCACAGAGAGGGGGAAAAAGCGAGGGUUGUGUGUAGCAGUUCACAGAGAGGGGUUAUAGCAAGGGUUAUGCAUCAAGGUUCACAGAGAGAGGUUAUAGCAAGGGUUAUGCAUCACAGUUCACAGAGAGGGGUUAUAGCAAGGGUUAUGCAUCACAGUUCACAGAGAGAGGUUAUAGCAAGGGUUGUGCAUCACAGUUCACAGAGAGGGGUUAUAGCAAGGGUUGUGCAUCACAGUUCACAGAGAGGGGUUAUAGCAAGGGUUGUGUGCAGCAGUUCACAGAGAGGGGUUAUAGCAAGGGUUGUGUGCAGCAGUUCACAGAGAGGGGUUAUAGCAAGGGUUGUGUGCAGCAGUUCACAGAGAGGGGUUAUAGCAAGGGUUGUGUGUAGCAGUUCACAGAGAGGGGUUAUAGCAAGGGUUGUGCAUCACAGUUCACAGAGAGGGGUUAAAGCAAGGGUUGUGUAUAGCAGUUCACAGAGAGGGGUUAUAGCAAGGGUUGUGUGUAGCAGUUCACAGAGAGGGGUUAUAGCAAGGGUUGUGCAUCACAGUUCACAGAGAGAGGUUAUAGCAAGGGUUGUGUAUAGCAGUUCACAGAGAGGGGUUAUAGCAAGGGUUGUGCAUCACAGUUCACAGAGAGGGGUUAUAGCAAGGAUUGUGUGCAGCAGUUCACAGAGAGGGGUUAUAGCAAGGGUUGUGCAUCACAGUUCACAGAGAGGGGUUAUAGCAAGGGUUGUGCAUCACAGUUCACAGAGAGGGGUUAUAGCAAGGGUUGUGUGUAGCAGUUCACAGAGAGGGGUUAUAGCAAGGGUUGUGCAUCACAGUUCACAGAGAGGGGUUAUAGCAAGGGUUGUGCAUCACAGUUCACAGAGAGGGGUUAUAGCAAGGGUUGUGCAUCACAGUUCACAGAGACAGGUUAUAGCAAGGGUUGUGUAUAGCAGUUCACAGAGAGGGGUUAUAGCAAGGGUUGUGCAUCACAGUUCACAGAGAGGGGUUAUAGCAAGGGUUGUGUGCAGCAGUUCACAGAGAGGAGUUAUAGCAAGGGUUGUGUGUAGCAGUUCACAGAGGGGGGUUAUAGAAAGGGUUGUGCAUCACAGUUCACAGAGAGGUGUUACAGCAAGGGUUGUGUGCAGCAGUUCACAGAGAGGAGUUAUAGCAAGGGUUGUGCAUCACAGUUCACAGAGAGGAGUUAUAGCAAGGGUUGUGUGCAGCAGUUCACAGAGCGAGGUUAUAGCAAGGGUUGUGCAUCACAGUUCACAGAAAGGGGUUAUAGCAAGGGUUGUGUGCAGCAGUUCACAGAGAGGGGUUAUAGCAAGGGUUGUGUGCAGCAGUUCACAGAGAGGGGUUAUAGCAAGGGUUGUGUGCAGCAGUUCACAGAGAGGGGUUAUAGCAAGGGUUGUGCAUCACAGUUCACAGAGAGAGGUUAUAGCAAGGGUUGUGCAUCACAGUUCACAGAGAGGGGUUAUAGCAAGGGUUGUGUGCAGCAGUUCACAGAGAGGGGUUAUAGCAAGGGUUGUGUGUAGCAGUUCACAGAGAGGGGUUAUAGCAAGGGUUGUGCAUCACAGUUCACAGAGAGGGGUUAUAGCAAGGGUUGUGCAUCACAGUUCACAGAGAGGGGUUAUAGCAAGGGUUGUGCAUCACAGUUCACAGAGAGGGGUUAUAGCAAGGGUUAUGUGUAGCAGUUCACAGAGAGGGGUUAUAGCAAGGGUUGUGUGUAGCAGUUCACAGAGAGGGGUUAUAGCAAGGGUUGUGCAUCACAGUUCACAGAGAGGGGUUAUAGCAAGGGUUGUGCAUCACAGUUCACAGAGAGGGGUUAUAGCAAGGGUUGUGCAUCACAGUUCACAGAGAGGGGUUAUAGCAAGGGUUGUGCAUCACAGUUCACAGAGAGGGGUUAUAGCAAGGGUGAAAUUCACAGUUCACAGAGAGGAGUUAUAGCAAGGGUUGUGCAUCACAGUUCACAGAGAGGGGUUAUAGCAAGGGUGAAAUUCACAGUUCACAGAGAGGGGUUAUAGCAAGGGUUGUGUGCAGCAGUUCACAGAGAGGGGUUAUAGCAAGGGUUGUGCAUCACAGUUCACAGAGAGGGGUUAUAGCAAGGGUUGUGCAUCACAGUUCACAGAGAGGGGUUAUAGCAAGGGUUGUGCAUCACAGUUCACAGAGAGGGGUUAUAGCAAGGGUGAAAUUCACAGUUCACAGAGAGGAGUUAUAGCAAGGGUUGUUUACACUUAAGAAA